GGGGGCGGCCGCGGCCCUGCAGCGCCCAGUCGGCCGUGCGGCAGCACGAGCCCAUCGCCGAGGACGGGCCACAGGCGCCCGCCGGCGCCGCCCAGCCGGCCGCGCGGCAGGGCCAGCCCCUCGCCGAGGACGCUCUAUCGGGCCGUCGAGACAUGCGCAAGACGGUCCAUCAGGAGAUCGAGGUCCACAAGGAGCACCUGCGGCUGCUCCACGACCACGUGGCGGCGCUGAAGGCGGAGGUAUCCGAGGUGCGCGAGGAGGUUGGGGGGCUGCGGGCCCACUGCGCGCGCAGCGAGGUGGACGUCCAACGCUUCACCUGCAGGGAGGAGAUCCACUCUUUGAUCGACUCGUUCAAGCAGGAGUGCCUGACGUCGAUAGAGCGUCAGCAGUGGGCUUCGGAGGAAGCCACUGGGCACAACGAGAAGAUGAGGUUGGUUAUCGAGGAGCGGCAAGGCGAAUCCGCGAUCGGAUGGACAUGA